GCAUUUCUGGGCAUCAUGACUUUAUGCAUCCUUUUUGGCCCAUAUUGGCACUUUCCGCGUCAGCUGAAUGUUGUCUAUGUAGGAAGCUCACUAGGUUUUAAGACACCACCGUUAAGUGUGAACAAAUAUACCCUCUCCGCCUCUCUCCAGCUGAUGCCCGCGCCCUGUCAAUCUCUAUCCCAGCAGAGAGAGAACGAACGAACGAACGAACGAACGAACGAACCAGAGCGGGUCUGCGGGGGGAAGAGACGCUCCGUGAAAACAUCCAUGGGUGGCUGUGUGGGCAGUCAUCGUGAUUCUUCAGGCAGUUUAAACGAAAACUCGGACGGAACCGGAGUUGCACUGGGGCGAAACCAGCCCCUGAAGAGAGAGAAGCCCAAAUGGAAGAGCGACUACCCAAUGACCGACGGUCAGCUACGCAGCAAGCGUGAUGAAUUUUGGGAUACGGCACCGGCAUUUGAAGGCCGUAAGGAAAUCUGGGAUGCGCUCAAGGCAGCUGCCCAGGCCUUUGAGAGCAACGACCACGAGCUCGCUCAAGCCAUUAUUGAUGGCGCCAGCAUAACAUUACCACACGGUGCUCUGACCGAAUGCUACGAUGAGCUGGGGAACCGCUACCAGCUGCCUGUCUACUGCCUUUCCCCUCCCGUCAAUAUGAUCGAGGAGAAGAGCGAGCUGGAGACCAUUGAGGUCCCAGAAGCUCCAGUCAGCGAGGGCCAGGAGUGCCAGUUACGCCUGCGUCUCUCGACGGGCCAGGAUCUACGCCUGGCUGUCCGCACCAGCGACAACGUCCAGCAGAUGAAGCGCCGUCUGCAGGGCCAGGAGGGCGUGGCGGCCAGCACCCAGCGCUGGUUCUUCUCAGGCCGACCACUCACCGACAAGAUGAAGCUGGAAGACCUGAAGAUCUCCAGAGACUAUGUGGUCCAGGUGAUCGUCAGCCAGCCCCCAACAAACCCACCACUGCCGCAGAACCCCACACCUGUGGAAAACUAAUGCCUCGCUGGGAUUGUUCUGAAAUCUGACUAAAUUGUUUGUGUGGGCCGCAAGAUCUUUGAGGGUCUUUGAUUCGGGAUUGGCCGUUCUUGAUUCUAGAGAGAAAAUCUCUAGAGGUUUCUCACUUCAAACACUCACUGCCUUUGAUCUGACUUGCUCCAGCUUUUCUCACGAUGUUGAGACUCCAAUUUUAUGGUUUAAAGCCUCAGGUUUGGGAAACUGGAGCCAUGGCCAAGAAAGGUCCAUGGUUUUGGUGAGGGAAACUAAAUAGUAAUGGAUCUGCCUAAUAUUUGUUAAUUUGAUGCUUAUGGAGUUUUACACUCCAUAUUUGUUACCAUUUUCUUGUGAUGAGAGAAUAUGUCUGCAAGGCAGACCGAAUGUGUGGACCUACCAGUGUCUGUCAGAGCUUGAAAUCUGAAACUGAGAGACUGGAGGCCAAUGAGACUUUUAAACAGCCGCUGUUGGAUUUCAACUAAACGGAUCAUCACUUGUUGGACUGUUUUAUAAUGUUAGUUUUUAUUAGAAACUCUGUAACCAAAAAUAUAUACAGAAUUUUAAGAAGAGGAGGGCUGUUACUGUACAUGUCAUUUUUGGGGGGGUUGGGGGGGGGUAUUCCGUCUCUUCUUCAGAUAACCUUUAACUUUCUUAAAUUCUGUAAACAACUCACAACUUAUUUAGCCUUUUAAUUUCAAAAUGAGGGGAAGUUUUUUUCUGUCAUAUACAGUAGGUUAGUAGAUCAGCUGUUUGAACUUUGCCUCAUUUUGGGAAAUGUGCUUUAGUAGAGAAAUGGCAAUCAUCACAUUUUUGCUUAUUGCAUUUAACCCUGAAGACAUUUUUAUCAAAAAUCCUCCACUAAAUACAUUUGACUCUCUACUGUGUCAGCACAAAAGUGUGAAAUUGGUGUCGUGGGAACAUUUCAGUCAUUACCUGCGCAACCAUUUAGAUUCCAUGUAAUUCGAGGCACUUUUAAGAAUUUAUUCAGCCAUGGCGCUACGGUUUUCCUCCCACAUCCUGAGGAUACAUAACAGGAGUGAUGUGUUAGAAGGGUGUAAUCUUGUUAUAAAUGUGUAUUUGUGUGGAUGGGGAAGCCAAGAGCAAGUUAUUUUAUACAAACAGAAGAUAUCUGUUUGGCUACAUACACCUCCUACACUAUGAACUGUGCAGUGUGAACAAAUGUGGAUGGGGAGGGGAUGAGAUCCAUGGCUGAUGUCUUUGGCCACCAUGGGAAUAGGUGUCAACUGAAUGUAGCUGUUCAUUUGGAAUGAAAACAUUCUCAUAAUUUACUCUAUAGCUGUAUGUUUUUUUUUUUUAAUAUAUAUAUAUAUAUAUAUAUAUAUAUAUAUAUA